CGCUUUUUGAGUACUGGUGCGUCUGAAUGAACAACCGAUGGCGUAUCGCCUGGUGAUAUUUCGACAUACGAUCGGAGAUGGAGCACGCUGCGUAUUGGAAACGAUGCAGUACAAAAAGCACGUAGACUCAGCUGAUCUGGAAACAGUCAUCAGCAAAUUCGGCGAUUUCUGUUUGGGCCAGACUAACGAGUCGUAGCAGCGGUAUCUCAUUUUUACUCCAAUCAUGCGCCAGAACGAAACUAUCGUGAACAAUCUUACAUAGCUGAAGAUCCUGGCUCGUACCUGUAACUUUGCAGUUGUAUGGCUGACAGUCUCAUUCGAGAUAGGAUCGUGCUUGGGAUCAAUGAUGAAAACAUCACCAAGCGGCUGUUGCGGCAACGACACUUAUCGCGCAGACAAUGCUUUGAUAUAUGCCUUAGUGAAUCCUCAGCUGCACGCCGCAUCCAGCAAAUACGGUUGCCGUCUGAUGCAGUGCUAUGUCUCUUGGACCGUUUACCUGACCAAAUUGCGAGGCCUGUUACUAAGACACAAGAAACUUGCAAAUUCUGCGCCGCGACACCCGAAGGAUCGUGAUCAAUGUCCGGCGUGGGGUCGAAUUUACGCCAACCGUGGCAGACGACGUCAUUUCGCUCGAUGCUGUCAGUCUCCCAAAGUGAAUGCACUCAAUUGUGACACAAAACCCUCGGACUCUGGACAUUCAAUGUGAAACGUUCGUUGAUGGAAUCAAAGAAGUGCGUUU